AACUAAUAAGCAACAUAUAUUGCUAGGAUACUCUCGUAUUUAUAUUGAACACUCUAUUUUCAGCUCUGUUUUCUGUAUAUUUUUUUGAGAUAAAAUUUGUGAUUGAAACAAAACCAUGUCCCAAAAAACAAUACUAAAACAGCUAUUGUAUAAAUCUUCAUUAUCAAAUCCAGAAAAUAAUAUCGAACGCGAUCGUUCGAGUAAAAAAAAAAUCAACAAAAGCGUACACUACUCGACGUUGGGUUUGAAGGGAGAACCAAACGAUUACAAAGAAUUAAGUACUAAAGAGCACAAAAAGAUUAUGUCUGCUACAAUUUCAGCACAAAAUUCCGAAGAAAUAACAAAGAAAAAAGAAUACAGGAAUAUCGAAAACAAUGGAAAUCGUUCGCGACAGGACUUGGAAAUAAUGAAAAUAUUUACAUCACCGGAAUGGUCGGGAAAAUCAUUUCCUAAAUCGACUAAUUCCAUAGUAAACUCGAUGGUUAACGACGAUAACAUUCCGUUGAUUCAUACAGAGGUGGAAAAGGAAUUGAGUAGGAUUUAUAACGAAGCAGAGUCGAUGGAAUAUCUCGAUGUCAUACAAGAAAGUACCGACCAAGAAACCGAAGAAAUCGAUCACGUCGAAGAAAAACAAACCACGCAGUACCUUCCUAACGAAUCGUUUCAUAGCGUCCAACAGUUUGCAGACACAGAAGAGAAAGAAUUGGAAAACAUUUUGCAAGAAAGCAUAAAUGAAAGCAUCGUAGAGAAUCGAAACAGUAUAAAAUCAUUUGAGCUGGACAGUUAUAAUAGUAAAAAUGAGCACGAAUAUGAUAUUAAUAUGUCUUUUGAAACACCUGAAGACGAUAUCAUAGCUAAUAAUUUUGAAUCACAGCCAUCGUAUAUAACCCCUAAUGUCGAAGUGUCAGACAAAGCAUUAAACGAAGUAGCUGAUAAGAGCUACGAUGUUUCUCAUGAGGACGAUGUAUAUGAAUGUCAAAUUGACGUCGAGUGUGAAUGCUAUUCUUAUAGGGAAUGUUGUGAAGAAGAAGAAUUUUGUGAAACUUCACCGAACUCCGUGAUGUCCAUCCCCAACUUGUCAUCCGAAGAAACACUUGACAACGAGGCUUUGAUGCGAUAUUUUAAUUUUGAUGAUUUCACUGACAGCCACGGUUCUGAAAUUGUUGAUCUGACGCCCACGGGGUCAUUAAAUACUGAUGUCAUGACUCGAAUCAUUCGUCAAAACAAAUCACCUGGUAACUACAUGACUGAAAAGCAAAUGACUAACGAUGAGUCAGAAUUUAUAGAAGCUAUGGAUCGGAUAUUCGAAGAGACCAAAGCAUCGCUGGGAACACUUUUGGUUGAGGGUUUGUACAUCGUGUCAAAGAGACACCGCCAGAACUCGUUCAAAUACUUAGGUGAAUGGUUGUUGAUUCAAGCUGAUAUCAGAGAUGAAAACCAAACCGAAGAAGAGUCCGUGUCAAGUUUUUAAUAUGAAACAAUUAACAUAAAACUUUUAAGGCCGCGCGAACAAAUUUCUACAUUCUAAUUAUACACACAGUAACGUCAGACUGUCAUAAUCUUUUAAUUAAAUAUAUAAAUAUAAUAUGUACCAGCAUGGUAGCUACUACAACGUUA